UGGUUAUCUAUCUAUCUUCGCCGAAGAAUGAGCGACAACGAUGAUAUCGAGGUCGACAGUGAUGCAGACAAACGGGCACAUCACAAUGCGCUGGAGCGCAAACGUAGGGACCACAUCAAAGACAGCUUUCACAGCCUUCGGGAUUCCGUUCCCGCCUUGCAAGGGGAAAAGCAAUCUAUCAAACAGGCAUCCCGAGCUCAAAUCCUAGACAAAGCCACAGAGUACAUCCAGUACAUGCGACGGAAAAACCACACACACCAGCAGGACAUCGACGACCUGAAGAGACAGAACGCUCUGCUGGAGCAACAAGUACGGGCACUGGAGAAAGUCAAGGGCACCACGCAGCUGCAGGCCAACUACUCCUCUUCAGACAGCAGCCUGUACACCAACCCCAAGGGCAGCGCUGUAUCGGCCUUCGACGGUGGUUCCGACUCGAGCUCGGAGUCUGAGCCGGAGGAACAGCGUUCCCGGAAGAAGCAUCGCGGGGAGGACAGCUAAACAGCGGAUCCUCGGCCUGCUCCACAAAGUUCUCCUCAGAGGGGAGGGAGAGUCACAGCAAUGGCCUGUUUCUUGUUGUAUUUCUUGUCGCCCCAAACCAUUUUGAUCAAUCUCUUUCAGUGAAUGUCAACCCUCGAUUCCACACCUGAAGAAACCUCCGCCAGGUUUACAAGAGAGAGGGACGCCUGUAACGGGAAGAACACUCACGGAAAACAACUUGUUUUUACUCUCCCUCCCUCUCCGACUCUGUUCGUCCAUCUUGCGUCCUGGCACACGCAACAACAAACGAUAAUUUAAACCCAAAAUGAGGCAGCUUUGCAACUUAAGGACUUGAUGCUUUGUAUGUUUGGUUUUUUUUUUUGUACCCUUGCCUGCAAUCCCUCCGGAUGGAAAUCCAAAGGGGUGAAUGAGGCGUACA